CCUAUGUUUCACAUUACAUCCUCAGAAAUUUCACUUCAAGCGACCGUUAGUUAAGGAAGGAGACUCACAUUCGAAGAUGUGCUGGUUGAGCGUAUUAUUGAAGCGGUUCAGGUAAUUGCCUCUCUUUGCAUCCCCGUUUUACGAUUUGCAGCAUGCAUCAGCGUGUGUGAGCGACAGGGUGUGUGUUGGAGGUCGCGCCUAUAAAUUCACCCGAUACACUCGAGUCCGCCUGGUCAUCGUCUAAUCCGUCACUGUCCCUGCGGGUCGUUCCUGGUAUUAUUGCUCCCAAAAAUUGAGGAAAUGACCAGUCAGGAUGCGGAUAAGGAGAAGAAGGAUCUGGUGAUAACCCAAGUUGCUUUAGGAGGUUUCAAUGCUGAUGUUUCAGCUGAAGAACUCACAGAGUUUCUGGAGAGAGAAGUCGGCACAAUUUGGAGAUGCAGAUUGAAAAGAUCUUGGACACCUCCUGAUUCAUAUCCAGAUUUCAGUGUUGCUGAUAUUUCAGUCAUUGAACAAAGGAAUGAUUAUCAAAAGGUUGUUCCUCAUGCGUUUGUUCAUUUUGCGCUUCCUGAUUUAGCCCAGGAAGCAUAUGAAAUGGCAGGUCGUGAUGAACUUAUCCACAAUGGGUGUCCUUUGACAGUUGAUUUGGGGAUGGAAACCUAUUAUAAAGUAGUGAGAAGAAGGAAUACAGAUCCAUAUCGUUUUACCAAUGUUAAUGCAAACAUAGGGACCCUAGUUAGCCCUGAUAAAUUUUUAGUAAGCUGGAAAAGUCCUGAGAGAGGAGUGGAUUUUCUUGUUGAUCCCUUUGAUGGAACCUGUAGAAUUAUGUUCUCGAGGGAUACUGUUUUCUCAUUCCAGGAUGCAACUAGGAAAGCAGUGUUAAAAUGUGAUUUCAAAGUUGAAUUUUCUGUUGGGGACAUUCGGAAUGUAAAAUUUUACAACCAAAGGGCAUCCCUGGUAAUGCUUUUGGACCUGCGAUCAUCACCUUUGAUCUUUUACAGGACUGCAGAUGAUGACAUUCAUGUCUCUGUUCCAUUUAAUCUGUUAGAUGAUGAGGAUCCUUGGAUCAGGACGACUGAUUUCACUGGUGCUGGUGCUAUUGGACAUUGUCAUUUUUAUAAGAUCAGCUUUUCACCACGCUUUGGGCUUGCGGUGGACAAAGCAAAGGCCUACUUCAAAGGACAGGGAGUCUCGAUUGUCUUGAGCAAUAAACAGCUUUCAGUUGACUAUGAGCCUGGAUAUGAUGAACCUAAUGCUAAUCCGUUCUUCUCUGUGCCAGAAAAAAGAGGGAUCAGUUUUGAGGUAUUGUUUUUGGUUAACUGCCUGGUACACAAGGGCAUUAUAAGUAGACAUAGAUUAUCUGAGGAAUUCUAUAGCUUACUAGAAAAGCAGCUGCCUGAUGUCAAUAUUGCAGCUCUGCAACACAUAUAUUCCUAUAAAAAUCCGAUCUUUGAUACUUGUAGAGGGUUGCGCACUGUGCAAGAAUGGCUUUUGAAGAAACCAAUGCUUGUCAAGACCAACCAGCUUUCUGAGUAUAAUGUUGAAGUAAGGAGAUUACUCAUAACUCCAACUAAAGCUUAUUGUCUUCCUCCGGAAGUUGAGCUUUCAAAUAGGGUGCUGAGGAAAUAUAGGAACAUAGCCGAUAGAUUCAUAAGGGUUACUUUUAUGGAUGAAGGAAAGCAGUUACUCAAUUCUUCUGCACUUAACUGUAAUAUUGCGCCUAUACUUAAGAAAAUGUCAGCUAUGCCUUCCUUAAGCCGGACCACCAUUUUCAGGAGAGUGAAGAGAAUUGUUCAGAAUGGUUUGACCUUGUGCGGGCGACAUUAUUCUUUUCUGGCUUUCUCCUCUAAUCAGUUGAGGGGCCGAUCUGCAUGGUUCUUUGCAGAAGAUAAGCGGAUUACUGCAGAAUCCAUUAGAACUUGGAUGGGAAAAUUCAACAAUAAAAAUGUUGCCAAGUGUGCUGCCAGGAUGGGUCAGUGUUUUUCUUCCACAUAUGCUACUGUCUGUGUCCCAUUCAGUGAAGUUAACUUUAAACUUCCAGAUAUAGAAAGAAAUGGAUACAACUUCUCAGAUGGAAUAGGGACAAUUUCACCAGACUUGGCUGUAGAAGUUGUAUCCAAACUGCAGUUGACUGGGGAGCAACCAUCUGCUUUCCAGAUAAGAUAUGCUGGCUGCAAGGGUAUGGUGGUUUGUUGGCCAAAUUUGGGAGAUAAAUUUAAACUAUCACUGAGGCCUAGCAUGAACAAAUUUGAGUCUCGUCAUAACAUUCUUGAAGUUGUUGCAUGGACACGCUUCCAACCAGGUUUUCUUAACAGAGAGAUAAUAACAUUGCUUUCAUCUUUAGGUGUAUCUGAUGAUGCAUUUAUGAAGUUGCAGGAGUUGAUGGUUUUUAAAUUGGAUGAGAUGCUCAAGAAUGCAGAUACAGCAUUUGAGGUUCUGACCACAUCUUGCUGUGAUCUGGAGAGUACUGCAGCUAUCAUGCUUAGUGCUGGCUUCGAUCCUCAGUUUGAGCCUCAUUUAAAGAGUAUGCUUUCUUGCAUAAGAUCAGGACAACUUAAAAGUCUUCUAACCAAAUCCCGCAUAUUUGUGCCCCAAAGCAGGUGGCUGUUGGGUUGCUUAGAUGAAUUAGCAAUACUCGAGCAUGGUCAAUGCUUUAUUCAAGUCUCUGAUCCAUCGUUGUUAGGUUGCUUUGCCAAACAUGGUGCUAAAUUUUCUCAGGAAGAACCAAACCUACAGAUUAUCACAGGAACAGUUGUUUUCGCAAAGAAUCCUUGCCUUCACCCAGGUGAUGUCCGAAUUCUUGAAGCAGUUGAUGUCCCAGGCUUGCAUCAUCUAGUCGAUUGUCUGGUAUUUCCUCAGAAGGGAGGCAGGCCACAUCCUAAUGAAGCAUCUGGAAGUGACCUUGAUGGAGACAUUUACUUUGUUGCCUGGGGGUCAGAUCUUAUACCUCCAGGCAAAAAGAGUGCACCGCCAAUGGAUUAUACUCCAGCACCACCUAAAGAAUCACCUCGCCCUGUAAGAAUACCUGAUGUUACGGAUUUUUUCACCAAAAGUAUGCUGACUGAUAGCCUUGGCAAAAUUUGCCAUGCCCAUGUUGUACAUGCUGAUUUAAGUGAACUUGGUGCCAAUGAUGAAAAAUGUAUCAAAUUAGCGGAGCUGGCGGCAAUUGCUGUAGACUUCCCGAAAACUGGAGUAAAUGCACAAUUGCCUCAUGCUCUCAGACCGAAAGUGUAUCCAGACUUCAUGGGUAAAGAUGAAAAACAAUCGUACAGGUCUGAGAAGGUCCUCGGCCAGCUGUAUCGAACAAUCCUUGGUACUCAUGGUGAAAUUACUGUUGAAGCAGAUCAUGGUGCCGGUGAGAAUUUGCUAUUUGAUGACCAGUUGAUGGUACCUGGAUUUGAGAAGUUCCUUGAGCAAGGUUGGAACUACAAGUGCUCCUAUGAUCGUCUGAUCAAGGGCCUGCUUCUUCAUUAUGAUGUGCAUACAGAGGGCGAGUUAGUAACUGGAUAUUUUGUCUCCUUCUCAAAACAUAACAGCAAGAAGCAGACUGAACUGAAAGAUAAGCUCGGACAUGCAUACACGUCAAUCAAGAAAGAAUUUAGAACCACUUUUGAAACAAUUGAGGAAGGUUUGAACCUUUCAGAUGACGAGAGAAACUCUGUGUUGGAGCAGAAAGCAGCCGCUUGGUAUCAUGUUACAUACCAUCCUCAUUGGGUAGAGAAAACCAUGGAACUGAAAGAUCCAGAACAUGAUGAAGUGCAGCUGCUGUUAAGCUUUCCUUGGAUUGCUGUGGACUACUUAGCUCGAAUAAAAAUACGGCAGCAAGGACGUUUGCAGUUCAACACGAACAAACCUAUCAAUCACCUUGCAAGAUAUCUUGGUGACAAGAUAUAAUAUUGAGGGCAAGGCCACUCUGCCAUUUUCAGUAUGAAGUUUUUGCUGGUUUUACUUUAAUGGAAUUCUUUCCACAAGAGUCCGAUGUGUUUCUCUUUGUAACAAGUCCCUAAAUAGGAGUCAGUUUAUUGUAUGUGUCAGUUGUUUGUAGGUGGCUUUUAUUUUGCAUUUGUGUGGUUCUGGAUAGUGAUUGAAGACUACUUUUUCCUUUUUAAAAUAGGUGUGGUUUUAUGUCUGUUAGAAUAUCUUGUUAUAGGGAAUCGGGUCCAGAUAGUCCCAUGGGUAUGGAUACCGAGGUUGGCUUGGUACCCUAGGCGGGCUCUCUACCUCUCUCUCUUAUAAUCUCCACUUAUUGUAAAUCCACUUGAUUAAGGGGAAUUAAUUUUCUCUCUCCUA